GGCCAUUUCGUGACUAGCUAGAGCCAGCCACGAGCUAAUUAAGCUAGCUACUCCACAGUAGUCCACAACACACAGCAAGACAACAAUGGCGAGCAGCAGCAGGAGCUCCGGUGGUGCACUAGCAGCCAUGGUGACCAUGGCCAUGCUGCUCUCUUCUGCCGCCGCCGCCACCACCGCCGCCCUCUCACCGGACUUCCACGCGGCCAACUGCCCGCAGCUAGAGUCCAUCGUGCUCAGCUCCGUGCAAACCGCCCUCCGUAACGAAAUCGCUCUCGCCGCCGGGCUCCUCCGGAUCUUCUUCCACGACUGCUUCCCGCAGGGCUGCGACGCCUCUGUCUACCUCAAGGGCCGGGGCACGGAGCAGUCCAUGGGCCCCAACGCCACGCUCCAACCCAAGGCCCUUCAGCUCAUCGAGGACAUCCGGGCCAAGGUCCACGCCGCGUGCGGCCCGGUCGUCUCCUGCGCCGACAUCUCGGCCCUGGCCACCCGGGACGCCGUCAUCUUCUCCGGCGGACCCUCUUACAGUGUCCCCCAGGGCCAGAUGGACAGCUUAACCCCUGCGGCCCAGAACCUCGUCGAUGGCCUCCCGUCCCCCAGGACGUCCAGCGUGUCCGCUCUCGCCAAGGCCUUCCGCGACAAGGGGCUGGCCGACAUCGCCGACCUCGUGGCGCUGUCCGGGGCGCACACUGUCGGGAGGACAGGGUGCCCCUUCUUCUCCGACAGGGCCGGCCGGAUGGACGACGCGUUCUCGAGGCGGCUCGCGGCCAACUGCAGCCGGCAGCCGGCCGUGAAGCAGAACCUGGACGUGGUCACCCCGGACUUGUUCGACAACGGGUAUUUCAUGGCGCUGGUGAACGGCCAGGGCGUGUUCACUUCCGACAUGGCGCUCAUCAAGGACCGGGCCACGGCGCCCAUCGUGAGGCAGUUUGCCAGGAGCAAGGACGCGUUCUUUCAGCAGUUUGCGAAAUCCAUGGCUAAGCUUGCUGCCUCGCCUAGGCCUGGUGGGAAUGUCGGGGAGAUCCGGCGCAGCUGCUUCAGCCGCAACCCGGCUCGCGUCGUCGAGACCGUCGACGUCGAAGCCGGUGAUGAGCAGGACGGCUUCGCGGCUUCGGCUUGAUUGAUUCCCCUGUUGUCAUUUCAUUAGCGUCAAUCGAUCCGCGUGUGUUUCAUUUUAGCAUCUUGAGAUGUGUGUGAGUGUGUGUGUUUCCCGCUUUUGGUUCGAUCGUGUAGUGACAAUAAUGACAAGGCUCUUGCUGUUGCAUGUGGUUCAAUUUGUGGUUUAGCUAUGGGAAAAGGAGAGAUUGGAACA